AUGGAACAACAAGAAAUACAAAAUGCUCUAAUUAAUACAGAAAACAACAUAGAGGAAGCUAUCCAGCUAUUAAGUAAUCUUUCAAUUUCUACAUCACAAGACCUUGCCUAUCGUUAUGCUCAGGAGCUGAUAACUAGGUUUGAUUCUAAUACUUCCCGAGAAGAUGCCAUUUCAAUUACGUCACAGAUGUUCAAUGCAUUUUAUGAGGAGAAAACAAAGCAAAAUUUCUCAAUAGGACCAGAUGAGACAAAUUUAGUCCAGAAACUCGAAGUUUUAUUGCAGGACAAUUCGAUUUUGAAAAAAGCUGUGGUAAAAAUGAAAGAAAAAUGUGAUCAGGCAGCAAGAAUUGAAUUGGAAAAUCAGCAGCUUAAGGCGGAGCUUCAGAGAGAAAGAAUGACGAACUACGCGCUGAGGGUUCAUCUUGAAAAUGAAAUUGCUAACUCUUUCUCCUUAAUUGAGAAAACAAAACUAUUGGAAAAAUCCCUAUUUUUGUCAAAAUUUACUCCAUUCAAGAAAAAAUUAAUGUACUUGCUAUAACGAAAUUCCGAGCAUAUUCAAAGAAAUUUAAAUUUAUAUAUAAACUAAAAUUAGAUUUAAAAUGUAAAAAUUUUUUUAAAAUAAUUUAUUCACCAUUAAGAGUGAACAGAAAAAUCUUGUCAACUCUUAUUGGAGGGCAGUAAAGACAAAAAUAUAGAAAAAGGCCCAGAUGUUUAUUAA